AUGAAAACUCAAACUCCCGUGACAGCAAAAUCAGGAGCAUGUCUUAUUACACCAAUUUCAAGACCUGAUUGGGAACUAGACAAUCGUGAUGUACAACUACUACAAAAAAUUGGUCAAGGUAACUUUGGUGAUGUUUACCGUGGUGUAUAUAAUGGAAAUGAAGUUGCAGUGAAAACUUGUCGUGUCGAUAUGACAGCAUCAGAUUUACGUAGGAAAUUUCUCCAAGGUGAAACAACUGCUUUAAAUUUCAAUCAUCCAAAUAUUGUCAAAUUAGUUGGUAUUGCAGUUCAAUCUUAUCCAAUUAUGAUUGUGAUGGAGUAUGUUCCAGGUUGGUGA